AUGGCUUCCAAAUUGCUGUUGAAGAAACAAAGUCAACCAGUUGAGAAGUAUUGCUCAAAACUUAUUGGCCUUUAUAAAUGCAGCAAACAUAAAGAAAUAUUAGAAAAAGAGAACCCAAGAAAUGUUCAAAAACGACAUGAUCAAGAAUUUUCAGAUUGGUUUGAAAGUCAUGUUACAUCUUUGUAUAAAGAAAAAGAUGAACAAGUAACCCAUCAACUUUUAUGUUUAGCAAGAGGUCCAGCAAGAGAAGCCAUAUGCUAUAAAGGAUACAAAGCAAACGGUUUUAUCUUUCACACAAAAGAUUGUGAGAAUCAUAGAAAAACUCAAAGUAGUGGAGUUCUGGUAAAGCUAAAUUGUGGAAAGGAGUAUUAUGGAGUCAUUGAGGAUAUUGUGGAGUUAUCAUAUAUGAAUGAUAACAAAGUUGUAAUGUUCAAAUGCUUAUGGUGGGAUGUGGACAAUUAUGGUAGAGGAGUGAAAGUAGAUGAAUAUGGUGUCACCCUGCCAAAGACCUCAAAGAUUAUUAAUAGUGUUGCUGCUAGAAGAAAUAAAGGGAUUCAGAGUCUUGUAUCUAGAAGAAAUUUAGCUCCAUCAAGUCAUUUACAACAAGCUGAUUUUCUUUCUAAUAAUGAUGGAGUGCAUGGAAAAAAAGCAAGUUCAUCAAGUCACUCACAACUUAGAAGGCAAUUUGACUCCCUUUCUAAUGAUGAUGGAGUGCAUGAAAAAAAAGCAAGUUCAUCAAGUCACUCACAACUUAGAAGGCAAUUUGACUCCCUUUCUAAUGAUGAUGAAGUGGAUGAAGAAGAAUUUGAAUCCGAUUUUGUUGCACCGAAAAAAAAAGUGAGAGGACCUACACGCAAUCUUGAGUUAGCAAAGUUACCAGCUGGAAAAAGACUUGACAUAAAUUGGAGAAUGAAUAGACCAGUUGGUCCAAAUGCAAAGUUGUUCAAAUCAAGAUGUACUGUUCUAGUUCGUGAUGUGAAGAAUGCACCACUAAAGGUUAAAGAAUGGGCUGAUAUCAAAAUAGAGAACAAAAUAAAGAUGUUUGACCUAGUUUUGACAUACUUUAAAGUUGAAGGUCGAAAGCAUUUAGUAUGGGCUCAAAUGAAUUCUUCUUAUCGGAGUUAUCGACAUCUACUAAAGAAAAGGUAUUUUGAACCUUAUGAUAACCCUGAAAUUGCUCGAGCUAAUAUACCAUUGGAAAUGGAAAAAGAGGAUUGGGAUUACCUUGUGAAUCUUUGGAUUGAUGAAGGCUGGCAGAAAAUAAGUCAACAAAAUAAGAUGAGUCGAGCUGCAAAUAGCAUUAUCCAUACCACUGGUGCUAAGGGAGCCCAACAAAGAGCUGAAGAGGCGGUAUCUAAAUUUUACUAAUUUAUAGACUUAAUUUGAAGAUAUAUAUUAGUUGUUAUAUUUAUAAGAAAUGUUAUUUGUGG